AUGAAGUUCACUACCAUUGCAACAUUUCUUGUCGCCAACGCUGGCGUGUCUCUGGCAGCCCCCACAGCUACAGCCGCCGAGGGAAGCGCGAAGGCUAUUUCGUCAGUAACGGGGGAUAACGCCGUGACGACGCCACUCCCUAUCCAGCCCGGCAUGGUUGAUAACUGUGACCGCUUCUACUUUGUUAAGAAGGGCGAUGGUUGCGCUAAGAUCUCCAAGAACCACGGCAUCUCGUUUGAUCAGUUCAAGGAGUGGAAUCCCACCGUUGGAAAGGAUUGCCUGAGCUUGUGGGCCGACGCCAACGUCUGCGUCCGCACAAUUGGAUUCGAAUACCCCGUCUCCAAGAGCUGCUUCAACGCCUCGGGAGCAAAGCCGUGGGCACCUAACCAAAAAACAGCAAUGAACGCUGCCACCGAAUGGUGCUUGAAAGCUGGUGCCGGAAAGUUUGCCAUUGGCGAAAAGAAGGAGAAAUGCUACGAUAUCAAAUCCCUUGGUGGUAGUUACGAGUUUGAAAUUACCAAUGGGUUUGGUAUUGAACAGGAUAUCACUGUCGCCAAGUGUAAAGAGCUCUUGGCUAUUGGUAUUAAUGGCUGUGAAGCUGCAUCUCAAUCCCAGACGGAAAGCUGGUCUAUGCAGGCAAUCUUUUAUGAGUGGAAGUGUGGCCAGAGCCCAUAG